ACUAAAACGGGGAGAAAAAUGAUGGUCGCGCAAGAGAAAAAGACUGCGGAUGAGAUUGUAGAGAGUGAAAGAGUGCGGAGCAUCAAUAUCACAAAUAGUGGGUUGAAAGUAGAACCGGUGAGACCACACGAACGCGUCGACAUUAUGUACAAUGCGGAGGAGGAAUUAAGGCAAACAACAGCCGGCGGAUUGAGGGUAACAGGUGGUGGCAUAUUGGUGGAUGAAGGUGCAAGUUAUGAGACUGAUGAGCACAGCACAGUAACAGAAGCGCAGGAGCGUAUGCAAUUGAAUCCCAGUGGAGAGAGCGAUGAUGGUUGGGACGAUGAAUACGAUGACGGUGACGAAGGAGAUGAAGAUGAAAAGGACGGUGAGGGCGAUGAGGAUGCGUAUGAUGAUGAAGACGACGAAGAUUUCGAUGUGGAAGCGUCUUCAGCUGAUGCAACAGCGCAAGCGCACAUACAAGACCGCGCAUUCGAAUCGUUACCGGAGGCAAAGGGACUGGUGCAAUCGCUGGUGGGCGAUGAAAACGAAGCUGUGAAACAUAUGCCGGACGUAUUGCGAGCGAAAAGCAUUACGCACACUGCGAGCAUCGCCACAGCGAACGUUGACGAGGAGGAGGAGGAAGAUAUGGGUUUUGACGAGGAUGACGAACGUAUUGCCAUUAUUGUGGAGAAGCAACGUGGUGGCAGUGUAAACGACAACGAUAAGGGCUUCAUGAACGAGGAGGGCAGUGGCGCUAGUGGUGGCGGCGCCUACAGGCGAGCCGACACAAAUAGGUACAAAAAUAGUAGAUUUAGAUUAGAUUACCUAGAGAAAUAUCGGAGAAAACAGCAAAAUCUGCAAUCGGAACAUACGAAUAGGGGCGUAGCCGAUUCGCGCGAAGGCAGCGGCAAUUUUGCCAACGAUGAUGAUGAUGACGAUGAUGAUGAUAGCGAUGAUGGUGUCCAUGACGAUGAUGAUGACAACGUUGACGAUGAUGUAGCCAUCCGUCUCGGUGUUAACGAUGAUGCCGACCGUCAAGAAGGUGAUGGUUAUUUUAAUUCGAAACAUACUAAAUCGAGCAAUCGAUAUUUCCGUAAGAAUACGAAUGACGCAAUUAAAAUAAUCUCAACACCGCUGGGCAAGGUCGGCAUUGUUUAUCAACAAACGCCGACAAAUGAGGAUGGCAACAGCAACGGCAACGGCAACAUUAAAAAACAGGAUACACUUGGCGACAAAAAGACAAGCUCGUUCACCGACUUUGAUGCACUGUCGCCAGAUCCUGAGAGCAGUCAUCGCUUAGCAUCAUCUCAUCCGAAAAUUACGCCAGUCUUGACACCCGAUGGCAAGGUUGCACUGCUUUAUCGCGGCGAUUCGGAGAAUUCCAAAUACGAGCCGAUACGCAAUUUAACACAUAAAUUUAAUAAUAAUAAUAAUAAAAACGACUUUACGGACAAUAAAGCAACUGGCAGUGGUACAAUUUCUAAAGAUACGCCUGAUUUUCCGAACAACGAUGGCAGCGAAGACGAGUCGGCCGACGAGUCGGAAGACGACUACGACCUCGACAAUGACAGCAAUAGCAGCAGUAGCGAUCGAUUACAAACGAAUUUACGCAAAACCAAUACAGCCCACCCAACAGAUGAGACACAGAAAGCCGCCAUUCAAAAUCCCGACACCGAUGCCGAAACGCCAGCCGCUGGUGCAGGCGGCUCCUCAUUCAUCAUACGCCCCACCGAUUCCGUACUGCCCAUGAUAAAUCGCCCACUCUCCGAGGUGCUCGGCAUAAAGAAGAAUCAGUUCAAGCAAUUCCGCAUCAAAGACAUUCCCACUACGCCACCAAAUGCUGCGGGCGCCGGCGCCGAAUCGAUCGGCGAUCCACGCUCACUAGCUGGCACAUCAAUCGACCGCGCAAUCGAUACAACGACACUACACUUCCUAACAAAAGUCAAUUUAGCCGAAUAUCCAACAUCGAUGAAAACGCGAAACUUCGAUUUCGAUUUUAGUCGCGACAAUACAAUGCUAGACGAACGUUCGCGGCAUAAAGAACAACAAUACCACAAUCAACAACAACAGGCGUCUGCGGCAGGCAGCAGCGCUAAUCACCACACUAAUGGUGGCAGCAUGGAUGGCGAGGCGAGCAAUAGUAAUAACAAAUUGAAUACAAUAGCCAACGAAGAGGUGCUGGCCAAAACUGAAGUAGUCAAUUUAGCGAUCAUACCACACUUCGAUGAGGAACUCGAACGGCUGCAACGCUUGCGCGAAUACGAAGGCCGCCGACAUUAUCGGCAACGCUAUCGCCAGAAGCCAAGCGAAGAGGAAUUAUCGGGCAUACAUUGCAUCAUGCAGGCCAUGAUGGGCAUAGCGGCGAUUUCGACGGUGUUCGGAAUGUUGGGUACAUUUUUCAAGCAACGAAUACUCGAUCAGAUACGCUUGAUGCAUUGGUAGUACAGCAAGGGUAUUCGAUUGUACGGCGAAUAUUAUUUAUUUGUGAAAAUGUCGGCAGUUACAAUUGAAUACCCACCCGGUUCAUCCGCACAACAACAAGUACAACAGCUACAACAUCAUCAUCAGCAGCAGCAGCAAAAACAACAAGCCAAACAAAAACAACAACAAGAACAACAGCAAUACAACACAAACACGAACAAAUGCAAGAACAAAAACAAAAACUUAAACAUGAGCAACGUAGCGAUUUUUUUUAAACUAUUUUCCUGAAAUCACACAAUUUCAUAGCAAUAAUGAAGAAGCUUUUAAUACUGAUUACUAUAUAAAAAA